ACUUUGCAAGGUCUGCAUUGGUUAAACCUGUGAUUGUAAACGUUGGUCGUGCCGGUGCUGCCAACUUGGACGUCAUUCAAGAGGUAGAAUAUGUAAAACAAGAAUCCAAAAUUGUGUAUCUAUUGGAAUGUCUACAGAAAACUCCGCCUCCCGUGCUAAUAUUUGCAGAGAAUAAGAAUGAUGUGGAUGAUAUUCACGAGUACCUUCUUGUUAAAGGAGUUGAAGCUGUUGCGAUUCACGGGGGGAAAAAUGAACGUGAAUUUGCAAUCCGGUCGUUCAAAGAAUACAAGAAAGAUGUGCUUGUUGCUUCCGAUGUGGCUUCCAAAGGACUAGAUUUUCCAGAUAUUCAACAUGUUAUAAAUUACGAUAUGCCAAAAGAAAUUGAAAAUUAUGGCAAAAUCGGACGUACUGGACGUUCCGGAAAAACUGGUGUAGCUACUACAUUUAUUAACAUGAAUUGUUCUGAGCAGAUUUUACUCGAUUUGAAGCAUUUACUCAGAGAAGCAAAACAACGCGUUCCUCCUGUACUGGAAGCUUUAAGGGAUCCAUUAGAAGAAGAGUAUAAAGAAUUGUCCGGAG